CACGUGCGGCGGGGCGGCCGGCGGCCGCGGCUAGGGCCACCCCCCUCCCCUCCCUCCUCCCCUCAUCGCUAUGCUGCGCUCUCGCCGGGCCCCUCAGCGGACUCGACGCACGGCAGCGAUGGAGCCGGCCGGGCUCCUCUGAGGCCGCCGCCGGACCCAGCAUGGCCUCGGCGGGGACCCCGGAGCAGCGGCCCCCCGGGGCGGAGCGGCCGCCCCGCCGCGGGACCGGCUCCCGAGGCCGAGCGGGGCGAGGGCGCCGCCGCCGUCGCCGAGGCUGGACGGCUCCCCGCCGCUGCCAGCGGUAGCGGGAGCUUCCCCCGGAAGACGGAGGGCAGCCAGCCGGCGGCGCCCGGCCGAGGGGUAUCCCUGGGCCCCCCGCUGCUGCUGCCUCCGCCGCCGCCGGCGCUGCUGCUGGCGGGACCCCCGGGCAGAGCGUGCCUGCGGGCAGUGCUGGCGGACUCGCGCUUCUUCCUGGUGUGCAUGUGCUUCCUGACCUUCAUCCAGUCCCUCAUGGUCUCCGGCUACUUGAGCAGCGUCAUCACCACCAUCGAGCGGAGAUACAGCCUCAAGAGCUCGGAGUCGGGGCUGCUGGUCAGCUGCUUCGAUAUCGGGAGCCUGGUGGUGGUGGUCUUCAUCAGCUACUUCGGGGGUCGCGGGCGGAGGCCGCUCUGGCUGGCCGUAGGGGGGCUUUUCAUCGCCCUGGGCGCUGCGCUCUUCUCCUUACCUCACUUCAUCUCUCCGCCGUACCAGAUCCAGGAACUGAACUCCUCCGUCAGUAACGAGGGCUUGUGCGUGGCUGGCAAUGGCACUGCCAAAGAGCAGUGGGACUCGUCGGCCUGCGUCAAGGACACCGGUGGAAACGACCACUCUCUCUAUGUAGCUUUAUUCAUUUGUGCCCAAAUCCUCAUUGGCAUGGGCUCGACACCCAUCUAUACUUUGGGACCAACCUACUUAGAUGACAAUGUCAAGAAAGAAAACGCCUCGCUUUACCUAGCCAUCAUGUACGUAAUGGGAGCACUUGGACCUGCAGCUGGAUACUUAUUAGGAGGACUCCUUAUUGGUUUCUAUGUUGAUCCUAGGACAGCUGUGUAUAUUGACCAGAGCGAUCCCCGAUUCAUUGGAAACUGGUGGAGUGGAUUUCUCCUUUGUGCCAUUGCUAUGCUCCUUGUGAUAUUUCCCAUGUUUACCUUUCCGAAAAAGCUCCCUCCUCGACAUAAAAAAAAGAAAAAGAAGAUGAAUUCUGAUGAUGUUUCAAGUGAUGAUGACGUGAUGAAAGAGAAAACAAGUAGCAAAACAGAAACAGACAGUUCAGUUUCUGCCUCUAUGGGAUUUGGAGAGAAUGUUAAAGAGCUUCCAAGAGCAGCUGUCAGGAUCUUAAGCAACAUGACAUUCCUUUUUGUGAGUUUGUCAUACACAGCUGAGAGUGCCAUUGUCACAGCUUUUAUUACCUUCAUUCCCAAGUUCAUCGAGUCACAGUUUGGCAUCCCAGCUUCCAAUGCCAGCAUCUACACUGGUGUGAUUAUUGUCCCAAGUGCUGGUGUUGGUAUUGUCCUAGGUGGCUACAUUAUAAAAAAGCUGAAACUUGGUGCAAGAGAGUCUGCAAAGUUGGCUAUGAUCUGCAGUGGUGUGUCUCUGCUGUGCUUUUCAACACUCUUCAUUGUUGGAUGUGAAAGCAUUAAUCUAGGGGGAAUAAAUAUACCUUACACAACUGGUCCCACUCUUGCCAUGGCCCACAGGAAUCUGACUGGAAGCUGUAAUGUUAACUGUGGAUGUAAGAUUCAUGAGUACGAGCCUGUCUGUGGAUCAGAUGGAAUAACAUAUUUUAAUCCUUGCCUAGCUGGCUGCAUCAGUGGUGGAAACCACAGCACAGGGGUCAGAAAUUACACAGAAUGUGCCUGUGUGCAGAGUCGCCAGGUGAUCACUCCGCCCACAGUGGGCCAGCGCAGUCAGCUCCGGCUGGUGAUUGUCAAAACCUACCUGAAUGAGAACGGCUACGCUGUGUCUGGGAAGUGCGAUCGCACCUGCAACACCCUCAUCCCGUUCCUCAUAUUUCUCUUCAUUGUAACCCUUAUAACAGCAUGUGCCCAGCCAUCAGCAGUCAUAGUGACACUCAGGUCUGUGGAAGAUGGGGAGCGGCCCUUUGCACUAGGAAUGCAGUUUGUUUUAUUGAGAACUCUUGCUUACAUUCCCACUCCAAUUUAUUUUGGGGCUGUUAUUGACACCACGUGCAUGCUUUGGCAACAGGAUUGCGGCGUACAAGGAUCUUGUUGGGAAUACGAUGUCACCUCAUUUCGUUUUGUCUACUUCGGGUUGGCAGCUGCUCUCAAGUUCGUGGGAUUCUUUUUUAUUUUCCUGGCCUGGUAUUCCUUAAAGUGUAAAGAAGAACAACUGCUGAGACAGAGUUGGAGGGCUUCGCCGGUGAACACUGUGAGUGAGAUGGUUGGACAAGCUGGACCCCAACAAAACUAUGCACGGACUAGAUCCUGCCCUACCUUCAGUUCCCAAGGAGACAUCAGUGUGGCACAAGGAAUGAACUGCUUAGCACAGACUUACCCCGGCCCUUUUUCAGAAGCAAUAAAUUCCUCAAAUGAAAAUGCAUUGGAAGAAGUCACUGUUGAGAUAUAGACCCCUGGCUUGGUAAUGUAAUAUUUAGUUUUGUUGGUUGACUUAGUUACGGCGCCUUGUAAAACACCUGUGCCUUCUAUUUUUAAUCUAAAUGUAACAUGUGAUAAAACCAACAAAGCUUGAUGCAAACAACCAUAAUAUGUUCCUGAGGGCUGGAUACCUCAAACCAACCCGAGUUCUUAUUUCUUCCCUCCCGACAAUGGAGUUUUAAAAAUUGUGUUUGUAAUUAUUUCAGAUGUGUCCAUUAAAUGUCCAUGCUCUGAUCUAAUAUCAUUGUAAAGUUGAGGUGUUAUGAACAGCAGAAGUCAGUGGAAGAGUGACAAAAACUCACAUUGUUGAUGUCUAGACUCACAAAAAUGCUUAAAUGUAUUGUCAACUUCGUAUCUGCAAAUUGUAUUUUUAAGAGAUGAGUAAUUACUGUGAGUUCUGCUACAAAGCACAACUGAACUUAUUUAAACUAUGCAACUUAUUUGGAUAAUUGUAUGUGCAGCAAAUUAAGUUUGAAGCUUGCUUUUAAAGACAUUACUGCAACUGAAUUUGAAAGGGGCUAUUUUCAGGCGUAAUCAUUAAAUUAAAAAAUAACAUAAGGUUUAAAGUACUGUUAAUAACAUGUCAAGCCAUACAAGAGUUAUGCAUCAGGUAACAUUUGCAAAUGUUGAGCUGUAACAUCUUUAUCCUGUAAAAAUGUGCAUUAAUUUUCAACUGAUGGGAUGUAGUCAUUCUUCACAAAGUAUACAGGAUACUGUAAUACUUGAAGUAAAAAACUUCAGUAUUGGUUUAUAGUAACAUUAAGAUGUAGGAAUCAUACACACAUACCAGAGCAGAUAUGUGCAUAUUUCUGCAAUGUUAUUUGGGUGGCUGUUACUAGCACCAAAUCCGUAUUUUCAUGAAGAAGAAAACAGCUGGUUAUAGCUUGAUAGGAAGUUUGGCUGUCCUUCAGAACUGCAUGCCAGUGUGGCUCAGCUUCAGUGGGAAAGUCCCGAGGGAGAGCUAAUGGCCUGGUCUGCUGUCUGGGACCUGGCUGGUCCCUCGCAGCCAGCGGCAGCAGAGUUCAGGCUGCAGGAGUGAGCAGAGGAGCCCCUCCAGGGGGUCCGUGGUGCCAGCUAGGAGGCUGUGCCUGCACUGCUGGCACUGCCGAGGCACUGAGCACCCUGACACCAGGGCAGCUGGGAAGGGAGGCUGGCUCUGACCCUCUGCUUUCUGCCACACUUCUGCCUCUCCAGCUGCCCGGUGCUGGGCAGGCUGGUGGGACAGGACCUGGUUGUGUGGUGUGUCCCACGCAUGUCUGCCUUUCCUUUUCUCAGCUUCACUGAAAGCUCCUGUGAAGGCAAAGGGUGAGUUUUUGUCUCCUUCGGCCCUCUAGGUGAAGAGCUAAGAACAGAAAUUAUUGUGGACUCGCAGGACAUGAUGUGGCCUUUGUUUGUUCCAAAUUACUGUAGUGUGUUCUCUCCCCAGGAGAUGCUGAAACUUUCUAAUCAAAUGUGCUUGGCAUUUCAUUUCUUGCUCUGGAGGCUUUUAGGCACCGUGCUCAUGAGGUACUAAUGAUGUCUCAAAGGGCAGAAAAUUAUGUCAGUUGGACACUGGGAAGUCAAGGCUGUAUUGUGCCCUGCAGGGGGAGUCUUAGAAGUGUAGGAAAUGAAAACGCAGUCUUUUAAGAGGACUCAGUGAUAGUCUGGUUUGGAUUUUGCUGAGUAGAGAACUUGUGUGAAAAUAAAUAGGAAAGAGCAGAGGUUCUACAUAUUUUUGAGCAGUUAUUCCUGAUUUAAUUUUUCAGUUUAGAACAUGCAUGUUGAUCAGACAUUAUAUGGAACCAAGUCAUUGAAAAUAAAGGCAGUACUCUCCUUGACAUCCAUUGAGUUGUCCUGGGAAGAGUAGAUUUCCCUCUCUGCCUUUGCCAACUGCCUUUUGUCAUCAUCUGGAUCUUCUUGACCAGCACAUGGACUACCCAUGGGGCUGCUUAUUUCAGAAUGUGUCAGUCCAUUUAUGUAGUUUGUAACAUUUCUUACUCUUCUUGUCUGAGAACUCCAAUUCUCCUACCCCGAACACAGAGGAAUAUUGUUUUGACCUCUUCCUACUAUUCUGUCCAUAUUAACAGCCUUUUUUGGGUUAAGCCUGAGAAUGUCUUUUCCUUUUAUGCAGUCACUGGAUAUAACAUGUCCUCAGUUAGUACACACUUCCUGAGAUAAUUGGCUUCUACACUUCUUGUCCUGAGAAAUAAAUUUCCUUGGCUCAAAGGUGUUUUUUAUAUAUAUAUAUAUAUUUGCUAGAGGAGAGCAGAGUAGAUGAUAAAAAUAUUUCCUUUUCCUUCAGUCUCAAAUGCUUGUUGCACCAAGAAUUUUAUACAGUGGCAAAAAUUGGCAAAGUAGUAUGACAAAGUGUAAUCGCAGCCCAGCCCUUGUCCAUUUUUAUCACUUCCCCAUUUUAAUCAUCACAGGGAGAAGUGAAGAGUGACAAUCUUUUCAAAUACCUCAGGAACAGACCAUUUAGGGAAUUGUAAAAGACUGAAGAUUAACAAUCUGUCCUGAUCUCUUAUCUUUCAUGCCUUGUGUGCUUCAGUUCCGUAAAAAAGCAAGGAAGUGCAGAUUAGGAUUGUCAGGAACUAAUGGCACUGAUGCCAAAGAAUGAGAGUGAUAAAAGUGGCACUUCUGCAGCUGCUUCUGUUUCUGAGCUUUCAGGGGAUUUCAGAACUUGUUGCAAUGGAAACUAUCCAUUUUUUAGGAUAUCCUGACCCUUUGACUUCCAAGAACAUUCAUAUUUCCUAAAUGGUUGAAAAAGUGGAAUGUAGAAAGAAAGAUGUUAACUUCAGAAAUAUUGAAAAAGCCUUCUUUACAUAAUUUCAUUUUUAACUUUUAAUUGGAAAAUAAAUUUUAAUUUUUCUUUAAGUAUUACAUGCAAAACAAAAUGUAAUUCCUUACUUUUCAAACAAUUUUUUUCAUGGUUUUGGGUAUAGAUAAUUUUGGCAAUGCAAAUAAAUUUCUAUAAAAUCAAUUAAGUCAGUGUCCUCUGAAAGAAAGAAAACCCAAACUCUGGCCAGUUUUUGAUCGAUUCCUGAAGGAGGGUUUCUUGUGAGUAAUCUAUAACAAUCUAAACUGAGCGAAUAAAGGUAUGCAGGGGAAGCACAUUCACUUCCAGCAUUGUCACUGACCGGUAUGUGGACAGACCUGCUGGCCAAGCACUCUGUUCUGAGGCUGUCACUGCUGCAGGAAGCAGCACCUCCAGACACGGAGUGCAGCCCUGGCAGCAGUUGUGGUUGACACAUGGUGCUGAGCUGACCUCACAGGAACUAAAACAGAACUUUUCCUGUCAUCUGGUGAAGGGGCCCAUGCUGUCUUCCUACUGUGAGAUCCUCUCACCAUAGAACAUAAAAUUUCAUUAAGUUGGAAAUUUUGCCACCUUCGCCCUCUGUCCCUGAGCACAAAAGGUUUGCUGGCAGUGAAUACAAGACAAGGUGAAGGAGGUGUCCUGCUCACCCACAGGCUGCUAUUGGGAGCAAACCCAAGUCACCUGCCUGCAGCUUAGCAGCCAGUGAUAAUAUGGAGCAACAUCUGGUGAUGGUCAAAGUGCCACUGUGCCCCCACAGGGACAGACCAAAUCCCUCUUCCACCACUUAGUCCUCAUUUAAAGUGAGGAACGUGAGAGGAGGAGCAACCCAAAUAUAUGGGCUUGAGAGAACAGGUUAAUUGUCCCUGCUUAGCCUCCCAUUCGCCCAUGUUUCCUCAAAAAGGAGAAAACUUCAAAAUGGAUGCAGCCAUGGCCUUAGGUGCUUAUGAAUGCAGCACCCUCAGGAGAUAAUUUGUAGAUCUUCACAGGGCUGGAGUAAUCUGGAGAGUGGGACUGUCCAUGCUUCCAGUUUUUGUGAAAAGCCCCCUGGUUUUGGUCCCCCUUCUUCCCCUUGAGCAUACUAGAUAAAAUACAGCAUAAUUUAGAACCAAUGACAUUUUAUAGCCUUUCAGUACAGUGUGAGUAGCUGCAAGAACCUUUGAAUAUUAUUGUGCAAUUUGUAUUCAUUUGGAAACUUUCAGUUCUUUGGCCAGCCUAUAUAUCUUUAAAAGUGCAUGUAGUAACAUGCAGAUCUUCAGAACUUACUGUUAUGUAAGUGGGGGCACACAUCUCCUACUAAGUAUUAGAAAUGUACAUUUGAAAGGUCCUAAAUUAAUUACAAAUGCUUGAAUAUAGUGUUUUCAAAAAUAUGAGGUUUUUAAUAUUGCUUAUUAAUUUGUAGUGUUAGCUAUUCAUUCAUUAUCACUUUGAUCCAGCAGAACACUUAAAUAUGUGAGUAAAUUUAUAUACAUAUACUUAAGUAAUGCACUUGAAAAUAAUACACAUAUUUAAAUGUGGGACUGAAUCCUGUCUGCAUUCAAAAAGAAAUGAAUUUAUCCAAAGAGUAUUUCUAUGUUGAGCAUUUCCCCCAUGGAUUCAAUGAUAAUUGUAACCAGAAUAGCACAAAGUAGCACUUGAGCACUCUCCUGUGGCAUUCAGUGUGGCUACUUACAUAUCCAGCAAUGGAGGAAGGCUGUCAUUUUCAAAUAGAAUUCAAAUUCAAAGUAUUUUGUGGGAAUGGUCUAAGAUUCAUUCUCACUCUUUCUGCCAUUCACUUAUUUUAUGAAUUUCUAUCUGAAAACCUGUGUUUUACAUGGGGAGAUAGAUUAAAUAAAGGCAUCCUUCUGACCUUAGAGGCAAUGAAAUUCUCAGGUAAUGCUGUAGACUCGAAUUGUGCCCUUUCACAGAAUCUGGACCGAGAGGUUCAGAUGACAAAUUGUCAGUAUCCUGCACAAAUGGAGCAGAGCACUGCCUGCUCAGUGGAACUUCAGAGAGCAUGUCUGGGACAGGGGUCAGCACCUUCUGCACUGUUCUUGCAGGUUUUCCCCCCAAAAGGCCUGAAUAAUUGCUGCCUUACUACACUUUUCUGUGCGUGGGAUACCACAGCUCUUCACGGUGUUGUAUUGACAUAAAACUGAUGAUAAAUAGGUCCAAAGUGUCUUACUGCUAUUUUGGAGCCAGAUUCUUGGCCUUACCAGUCCAAUAUUGAGGCUGAAGAACUAUGGUCAUACCUUGUGUUGGAAGUUAACAAGCUGGUGCUUUAGCAAGUGUGUGUGAAGUAGAGAAUAUCAAGCUUGUUUAGCUUUUAUACUCUAUUCACUGGUUAUUAUUACUGUUUUUGGAGAUUGAAGACAAAAAUCUUCCUGAACAAGUUCAUCUUUUUCUCAGUAAUGUGUCUUUUACAAUGGCUUAGGAGAAGUUAUGCUGCAUGCUUCAGAAUCUGGGUUCCCCCAGCUGUGGGGGAAAGCCAUCCAGCUGUGGUUGCUUUCCAGGGGCUUAAACCAGCUGGUAACAGAUUUACCAGGACUGCAACCUGCAUCGUCAUUGCUUUGAACAGAGUAUUUGCUGCUUGUAGAUUAAACUGUCAUCAACAUAUUUCAGGUUCUUCACAUACUGGACUUGAUUCUUUGGACAUUUUCAUCACUUCAGAGCGCUUACAAAAUGGACAGUCAACAUCAUGGUGGUGGAUUUAUUCUUUUGUAGGGAAUUAGGGCUUUCUUCUUUUUUCUUUUAACACCUUGUUUGACAAAUAAAAAUUCAAAAAGAUUGCAUGUAAGCAUUGUCACAGAGUAGAGAUGUAGAGAUGUGGGACCUUCAGUGUGAGGACAGGAUAUGGCCGAGUUCAUGGGAUUUGUCUCCUUUACACUGAGUAUCACUAAUACAUGUUACUUUGUGGCCAAAGGUUUGAAAGCCUACCUGAUCCUCAGGAAGGAAAUUUUUCCUGUAUUUUCCUCUUAAUUUAUUGUGUAAAUUAAAGAGGAAAGUUAACACUGCCCUUGUCCCAUGGCCAUAUUCAUUGCAUUAAACUGCAGCUAAUAACUACAGUUAAUAAUUUUAGCAGUCACCCCUUCAGUCCUUCAGCUUUUUUGUUAAUACAGCCUGUUAAACACAGAUGUAGCUCUGCAAUUUCAAAGUAGCUCCAAAGUUUUCUUGACUUCAAGUGUUACAGAAGAUACGCUUAUUUAUUCAGGUACCAUUCUACUCUUUUAAUUAUUGCAUUAUCCGUUGUGUGUAUUGGGUUGGUUUUUUUUCUCAAUCUCAAAGUAGUUGUCACAAUGUUGUCCUGUAACAGUGUUUUGUUCAUUAUAUAGAAUAGGUGAAAAGCUGUGGAAUUAAUGAAGGGCUACAAAAAGCAUCCAAAAUGCUGUUCACCUUGAGGAAGGGUGAGACAGCUUAGUAAUCUGUAGACAAAAGACUAAACAACACUGUGGUGCUAAUAGGUACUGAAGUAUUUUAUGAUGUAUUCACUAUGACUUAAAUGACAUAUUCAAGGCAUGUCAAUGAUGCAACUGCGUGUGUUUCUGUUCCUAAAGUGUGGAGUGCUCUGACAAAGACAGUGUUUGUAAUUCCUGGUGGGCCAAUUCCUACCUAGUUCUUCUGUGGGUGAGUAAUUUCAGGAGUCUGUGUAGGAUUUGGCCCAGCACUAUUAGGUGAAGUAGAAGCUACACAGACCACAGAAGUCUCAUGUAGAAUGUAUUCAGCCUGCUGUAGCAUGUUACUUUAUUUAGUUGCUUUCCUUAAGCAGGGGCUAAAAAUAAAUUCUGCAGUAAUGAUAAGUAACAUUGGGCUAAAUUCUGGAACCACUUAACCGAGCAAUAUUAGCAAGUGUUUGAAUUAAAAUGAGGAUUGAAAUCUGAAAUAUGAAUGUUCUUUCAUGGAAUACCAGAUAGAGAGUGGUAGAAUGAGAGCAAAUCUGUCUCUAGGAAUGGAAAAAGGCCAAAUCUGGUUGACUUUAAAGUCAUCUAUUAUUUACAAAAUAGGGGUUUGCUUUUAAAAUCUUGAAGACAAAAUUUCCAUUUUGAAUUCUGAACCAUAAUUUUUUUUUGUCUCACUGUGCCUGAGCUGCUCAUGCAGGGCAGGUGUCUGUAUUCCAAAUAGCACUGAGAGCACUAAUAGCACUAAUCACACUUCUGACCGACAGGCCAGAAAAUUUGCCUCUAUAGCAAACUCCAUAUUUGAAAACCUGGAGGGAAAUUUCCAAGCAAAACAAAACAAUAUGUACAAAAUGAUCCAAAGCUGAGUUUCAGUAAAAAAAAAUAAAUUUGUGUCAGUGAGAUCCACAGUUGAGUGGAGGCUUUUCUGAAAGAAGACCUGUUCUUUUCACCAGCUGAGCACAUGGGAGUUUGGCCCCUGGCUGCAGUGCAUACCUCUACCAAAUGAUUUGUGCAGAACAGCAACAGUCUGGGUAGUAUUGUAGGAGCAUGGAGUGGGCACACUGCCUGUUCAGUUUUUAAAAAACUCAUUAUUAAGCAAAUGUGUAGAGUAUUAAGGAAAUUUGUAGAGUAUGUCUGAUGGUAUGAGUGUGUGGGUGCUGUGUUGUGGUAAAAAGAGAAUUGGUUUAUGCUGGGUAUUUUUGCAUACUUUAGGCUCUUGUAUGUUUGUUGUUUUUUUUUUUUUUAAAUUUAUAUUUAUUU